AAAAACCCAACAAAAAUGCGUUCACUUAUCUCAGUUUUAUGCCUAAUGGCUGUUUGGAUUCCCUUUAAUAAAGCCGCCCCAUUUCCUCCCGAAGUCAAACGUUGCCAUGCCUCCGAUACCGAUUGCAUUGUCCGCACCUCAAAUGAAUUGUUGAAGAUUUAUGCCCGCAAAGGUUUACCGGCCGCAUUCUUUCCCGUUGUCGAGCCAUUCCAUUUGAAAAGGGUUGAAUUAUCAGAUGGCCGCAGUGGUUCGUUAGCAUUAAAGUUGACACUUCGCGAUGUCGAUGUGAUGGGUCUGUCGGGAGUGAAAUUCGAUCGUGCUGUUGGCUUUACAUCCGAUCCUGCUACAAGCAAAUUUGAAUUACAUGGUGAUCUGGGCAAAAUGUCGAUUCGCAGCAAAUACACAGCCGAUGGACGUAUUUUGAUUUUGCCCAUUCAAGGUGAUGGUGAUGCCGAUAUUGGUUUUGAGAAAAUCAUGUUCUCUGCAAAGUUCAAGCCUUCGUUGCACCCCAAGAAUGGUAAAACUUAUUUGGCUGUGGACAAGUUGAAGGUGUUGCUUGAACCACAAAGAAUGACCAUUAAGUUGACUAAUCUUUUCAAUGGCGAUCAAGCCUUGGGUGCCCACAUGAAUCAAUUCUUGAAUGAAAACUGGAAUGAAGUUUGGUUGGAAUUGCAAACUGCUGUGCAAAACACCAUCUCCAGUAUUAUGAGGAGUAUUUUGGAUACCAUGUUCAAAGAAUUUGCCUAUGAAGAUUUUCUGGAAGUUUAA